CACAGGCGCCAGAACCUGGACGGGUGAAAGCGUGAAAAAACCACCACGCUUUCCCUUCCGGCCAUCUACAAAACUUUCCCAAAAACAUAACUUCCACUACCAGGAGCAGCUCUGGGUCCCAGGGCGAGCCUUGGAUCUGCGCGCCAGCCCCUCCCUGGGCAGUCCGCCUGGGGAGGGGACGGAAGCAAAGCGGGCGAAGGACCGCUAGACGUCAGCAUCUCUCCACGUCGACCCAGCCGCGCUGUUCGCGGCCAGUCCGGGCUGGACGGACGGAUGCUCGAUGGGUUGGACUCGAGUCAGCUGGGCUGCUCUCUGAAGAAGAUCCGCCUGCUCAAUGACAACCUGUGCGAGAGGCUGCAAACGAGCCCAAGCAGCGGGUCGUCUUCCUGAUCCAUGUUGCAGAGAGAUCCUGAGGGGUCCUGGAGUUCUGGACGCUGCGUGCGCCUCCUCUGCUGCAUCCGUUUUCGUUGGUUUCCGUCAAACGACACGUCUCGGACUGCGUGUCGCGCCAUGUCCCUCUGUCGGACUGAAGUGGACCAUGAAGUUAUGGGAUAGCCUGACCACUUGUUUGAUUCUGCUCAGUGCAGUGGGGUCCAGCUCGCUGCUCCGGAGCCGACAGCAGCAGCCUGCGCCCGCGGAGAGGAGAGAGGGAGCGCCGGAGAGUCCCCUGGAGGUCCCGCCGGUUCAGAUCCGCCUGUCCGUCAUCUCCCCGGACAUAACCCCUGCGGAGACAGCUGGCAGACGGGAUACAGGCGGGAAAUACACGAUUGAGGAGCUCAUCCAAAGUGACAGAAAUGUUAUGGACUUUAUCAAAGUAGUGAUCAGAAGAGUGCGUCGCUCCUCCUCUGCAGAGCCUCCAUCUACCUCCUUCUCCUCCCACCUCAGCGAAAACUGGAGCAGCAGAACUCGGCACAGAAGGGAGAGGAGGAAGGGAGCAAAGCUGAGGAGGAGCAAAGAGAGGAGAAGGGAAAAUAAAGGAGAAAUGAGCAGGAAGAGCGGAAGAAGAGGUGGCGUUGGACGGGGACAGGGCUGCGUGCUGAGACAGAUUCAGCUGAACGUCACGGACCUGGGCCUGGGCUACAAAUCCAGCGAGGAAAUGAUUUUCAGAUACUGCUCAGGACCCUGCAGAAAGUCCGAAACCAACUAUGACAAAAUCCUCUUUAACCUGGUCAACAAAAGGAAGCUCCCCGCCAAAGAGACGCCCCUGCAGGCUUGCUGUCGUCCAAUCGCGUUUGACGACGACCUCUCGUUUCUGGACGACAACCUCAUUUACCACACCGUGAGGAAACACUCUGCCAGAAAAUGUGGCUGUGUUUAGAAGGAUCUGCCGACUGAAUAUGUUUCAUUUGAAAUAAGAUGUUGAAUUGUUUUUUUUGUUGUUGUUUUUCUUUUGUCCUUACAUUUUUAUGUGAAAGCUGUACUUCACGGAGGGAUUGUGAAUGAAAUUCAACAGGUGGCGGUAUUCAAGUGUUCCUUUUUCAUGAUUCACUUCUUUUUUUUACGCCUCAUCUCCAGCAACAUGCAUCAUUUCUCUUUACAGUUUUCAAACUACAAACAUUCACAAAAUGUCAUUAUGGUUACAUAAUGACAAUAAAGACUCUUGAUUCUUGAUAUCGAUCCUGAAAGAAAGAGCUCUCUUGCAAUAAAGACUCUUCCCUCUGGAAUAUGUUAGUCGCGUAUGAUAUUUAACUUAUGAAGAUCACAAUGUUUUAACUUAUUGAUAUUUAUUACACUUUUAUAAAGGAAUAAAUGUUAUUUAUUGCCGUGAAGGGCUAUGUCAGGAUCUGAUAAUUGUUUACAUCAAACCGAUUACGAUGAGAGUUUAGGCAUUAGGAGGGGAUGUUUAAGGUUCUUUGUAGACUUCCUGCAAAGUCAAGUAAGGAUGCGGUUUUUCCCUUUGCACCAUUUGCGUAUCAGUCGUUCAGUUGUAGUUAAAUAGAACGCUGACUCGUCAAGUCAAAAAGAACAUAAAAUGUGAUCUUUACUUUUACAUGUUCAACAUUAAAGUACUACACAAUGUUUAAAUAAAACAAAGUCUCAUUUCUGUUAAACAGGAAUCCCUAAAUUGUAGAUUAAUAAAAGAGAUAUUUUUAAAAGAAAGACAUGCAAUCGUUGGGGUUAAUUGUCUUCAAAGAAAAUUGUAUCUAGCAACUGGAACAGGACGUGGGCCACUCUUCCUUUGGACAAGUUUGCUUUUUCACCCAAGUUUAGCAAAUGGGUCCUCCCAAGUCUGCUUUUGAAUAAAAGCUGUUGCAUGUU